AUGAAGCGGAAGGCCGAGGCACCUGACAGCGGCCGAGAACUUUAUCUUCAGGAAGCCAACGGUUAUGCGGUGACCUCUGUCCCAGAGACUGUGUCUGGUGUUUUCAGCUCGAGGACAUCUUCACUAGGCCGAGUCGCUGGCCACGAUGCCUCAAACACAGGCGCUUUCCUGGAACGGCCGACAACACCAACCCAUAAAACAGUGUACAACUCCCGUGCCAGCAUCCUCGUGGUCGGGUUUCCACGAGCCGGCAAACAUACAUUAUCUGUCAUUGCAUCUGUGGUCCUGCGCCGCCAGUAUGUGGACUUUGGCAAGGCCUUUGAGAAGAGUGUGGGGACGACACCGUACGACUAUAUAGCCACUCAUGGAAUGCCAGCUUACCGCGAGGCUGAGACCAAAGCAACCGAGUCCCUUCUCAACACCUACGGUGAAGACUACGUGAUUGGCGGAUUGACGGCGUUCGGUAGCAACGCCCAAAAGCGGUUAUUAAAGGCCUUCGCUCAAACCCAUCCAGUCAUCUACGUUCAAAGAGACAAAGCUGACCUUGGCGACAUGUUCGGGGACCAAGGCAACCAGGAGCAGUUGUACAGAAUCCAUGAUGCCUUCUACCGUUCGUGUUCGAACUUUGAUUUCUACAAUAUCACGUGGACUCUCGACACUCCCAAUGGACGAAACCAGGGAGGGACACUGAAGCUCAAGCAGACUGAGGUGGAUUUCGUCCGUUUUCUACACCGCAUCUAUGGACGCCAGCCACAGCUCCUGUGCUCUGCCGGGGCUCUGUCGGCCUCCUACACCUAUGCACUACAGGUACCGCUUCCUUGGUUGGAUGCACAUGUCUUGGAAUAUGAUGAACUCGAAUCUGGCGCAGAUAUGGUCAGUCUCGUCAUCGAUCCGAGGGACCAUGCUACCGACCACUAUCUUGAAUUGAUUCCCAAGGCAGUGGCUACCUUACGAAGGCACGCAAGGGCUCCAAUCAUGAUCGAUGUCUUAUAUCUAGGAGUGCAGGACUCUGUCAAUUAUCUCAAACUCCUUCGACUCUGCCUUCGGAGCUCUCCGGACUUCUUGACGGUAUGCUUGAAGGUCGACCUUGAUCAGGUGAGAUCUCUAUCUUCACUUCGAGGGCCGACUCAAAUCGUCGGAACCUAUCAUUAUGAGGGGAGAAAGCAGACCGGUGUUGCGGAGGAAAUUACGUGGACUAAAGUACACGACCUUGCAUCACAACUUGCUUGCCAUGCUGUUCGCAUCACUCACCAAGCGGCAUCAGCUUCGGAGAAUUUGCAGCGUCUCUACAAUGCCCAGGUCGCUCGCGAUACUUGGACGAUGCCGCUUAUUGCGUACAAUACAGGCUCUCUUGGUCGGACUUCGGUCUGUUUCAAUCCUGUCCUCUCACCAGUGGUUCUUCCUUCCAUGUCUACCGAGGGCGUCACCAUUAAACAAGCUCAAACGGCAUUGUAUUCCAGUUUCAUCCAGUCCCGAAAGAAGUUCACUAUCCUCGGGCAGAGCGUCUCGUACAGUCUUUCUCCUGCAAUGCACAAUGCGGCAUAUGCUGCGUGUGGUAUGCCGCAUUCUUAUGGGUUGCUGCAGUCAGAUAAUCUGGGUAGCAUCCACGAGCUCUUGACCGAUCCUGAAUGCGGUGGUCUAGCAAUCUCUUUGCCUUUCAAAAUGCAGGUCUUGCCCAUGCUGCGCCACAUAAGCCCCGAGGCACGGGAUAUCGGUGCAGUCAAUACCGUAGUCGUUGAGAGGGGCCAGAACCAGCCAGGUGACUAUGAUACUAUCCUGAAAGGUUACAACACUGAUCACAUCGGGAUCCGGAAGUGUAUUGAGCGAAAGAUAUCUCCGGCCAACGUCAUUCGCGAAGGCAGCACCGCGCUGGUGAUAGGAGCUGGAGGCGUGGCAAGGGCGGCGAUCUAUGCCUGCCGAACACUCGGAAUCAGGAUCAUUUGUCUUUACAAUCGAACAGCGUCGCAUGCCGAGGCGCUGGCGAACCACUACAAGCAACAGAAUCUGGAGGUUCAGGUGCUUUCAACGCUGGAGUCUGAAUGGCCUGAGCGACUACGACCGCCUACGGUGAUCAUAUCCUGCAUCCCUGCUCACUCUAUCUCUGGACAAGCAGCCCAUGAAUUGACGAUUCCGGAUCAAUGGUUGCAAAGCCGAACGGGCGGCGUCUUCGUUGAGAUGGCGUACAAGCCGUUGGUGACCCGGUUGAUGAAUCAGAUGCACUCGAGGGUCACAGCCGGCUGGGUCGUGGUGGAUGGCCUUGACGUGCUCGUUGAGCAGGGCAUUUCUCAGUUCGAGAUCCUCACGGGUAGACCCGCCCCAGUCCAUGUGAUGAGGAGGGCAAUCCGGCAGCAAUACGAGCUGGUGAAUUCAGCCCUGCAGUAG